AUGUACCCCCUUUCACCGGCUGCAGCAAAAGGGGUCGGACAAGAUCCCGGUCCAGACUUAAGGAUUCGAGACUCCUACAACACUAAGACCUUGAUACCACUUGCUAAACCUCCUAGCGGAUUCAGAAAGAAUGGCAUAGUUGCUCUUGCUAGCGCCCGAGGCGCUGGAAAAUAUCAUGGUGGUCAGUCAUUUGGACCAAGACCUCCAAAUGGCCACGGAAACCACAAUGCAGCACGACUUCCAGAUGAAAUACAGUUCUGUAGCAAUCCACCUGGCUAUUCAAACGGUGAAGAAAAUUCGACGAAAGAGGAGCCAAUCAAUCCAAAGCUCAAAUUAGCGGGAGAAGAAAUCGUUAAGAUUGACGAAGAGACGCGAGACGUAGUCCCUACGAGCCUUUACGGGGUCCGCUCACCGAAUUGA